GUGACAAACCUACUUUUCCGAACUAACUUCCUCACAGUCGCAAGUGCCAUGUAGCUGUUCCUUUCUGACACUUUCUUUCACUAUAUAUAACUAAGCAUACUGUCUACACAAAAGCAACACUUAUUAUUUGCUUUGUUUGCAUUGCUUUGCUUUCAUCUUAUUUUUUGUUUCUGUUUGAUUUGAUGGGUGACGUGGAGAUAGAGGAGGUGAACGGCGGUGUUAAUGGAGGUGCAGAAGUGCAGCAGGGUGAGGAAGGGUUGGGGAGAGGGAGAGGGGAAGGAAAUAGGAUGUACUUGGUGUGGGAAGAACUGACGGUGGCGCUGCCCAACUUUGGGAAUGGACCGACCAGGAGAUUGCUGGAUGGAGUAACAGGGUGCGCUCAACCUGGUAGAAUCAUGGCCAUCAUGGGUCCUUCUGGCUCUGGCAAAUCCACUUUACUCGAUGCCUUAGCAGGUAGACUAUCUGGAAACGUUGUCAUGACUGGAAAUGUUCUUCUUAAUGGGAAGAAGAAGAGGCUAGACUACGGUAGUUUCGCUUAUGUAACUCAAGAGGACAUACUUUUGGGAACUCUAACUGUAAGAGAAACCAUAACUUACUCAGCUCAAUUGAGGCUCCCAUCAUCACUGACCAGACAAGAUAUUGAUGGCAUCGUGGAGGGAACAAUCACAGAAAUGGGUCUCCAGGAGUGUGCUGACCGGCUUAUUGGAAACUGGCACCUACGGGGUAUAAGUGGUGGGGAGAAGAAACGGCUAAGCAUUGCACUUGAAAUCCUCACAAGGCCCCAUCUCUUGUUCCUUGAUGAACCUACGAGUGGCCUAGACAGCGCCUCAGCAUUUUUUGUGAUACAAACUCUUAGGAAUGUUGGCCGUGAUGGCAGAACUAUCAUCUCUGCAAUCCAUCAGCCAAGUAGUGAAGUUUUCUCACUUUUUGAUGACCUGUUUUUACUAUCCGGUGGAGAACAGGUUUAUUUUGGGGAGGCAAAAAUGGCUGCAAAGUUCUUUGCUGAAGUAGGAUUUCCAUGUCCAAGUCGAAGAAAUCCAUCAGACCACUUCCUUCGUUGCAUAAAUUCAGAUUUUGACAUUGUUGCAGAGGCUCUGAAGGGAUCUAACAGAAUAACUGAACUUCAAAAUACAUUAGAUCCUUUGGCAAACCUACCAACAGCACAGAUAAAAACAUUGCUCGUUAAGAAAUACAGAAGCUCAGAUUAUGCGGCAAAGGCAAGAGCAAGAAUUCGAGAAAUUUCAGGCAUUGAGGGACUCGUUAUUGAGAAAAAACACAGUGGUGAAGCAAAAUGGUUGACUCAACUAUCAACUUUGACGAAUAGGUCCUUCGUAAACAUGUCAAGAGAUUUGGGGUAUUACUGGUUAAGGAUAGCAAUCUACGUGGCUUUAUCUAUUUGUGUUGGCUCUAUUUUCUUCGAUGUUGGAACAAACUACAAUUCAAUCUUAGCUCGUGGGGCCUGUGGCGGUUUCAUAUCAGGUUUCAUGACAUUCAUGUCCAUAGGAGGCUUCCCAUCCUUCAUUGAAGAACUCAAGGUUUUUUAUCGGGAAAGGCGCAAUGGACAUUAUGGGGUUGCUGUUUAUAUACUAUCAAAUUUCCUCUCUUCAUUUCCAUUCUUGACUGUGAUGUCCCUUUCUACAGCAGCAAUUACCUAUUACAUGGUGAAAUUUCAUCCUGGAAUUUCACAUUUCAUGUAUGUCUCACUAGAUCUUAUUAGCUCCAUUGCAACUGUAGAGAGCUGCAUGAUGAUGAUAGCAUCACUAGUUCCCAACUUCAUGAUGGGAGUCAUAAUUGGAGCUGGUUAUAUAGGUUUGCUAAUGAUGACAGCCGGGUAUUUCAGAUUGCUGCCAGAUCUCCCUAAGAUAUUCUGGCGUUACCCUGUUUCAUAUAUCAACUAUGGUGCAUGGGCAUUGCAGGGAGCAUACAAGAAUGAUAUGGUUGGGCUUGAGUUUGAUGGCUUCAUACCUGGUGGUCCAAAACUGAAAGGUGAUGUCGUCCUCACAUCCAUGCUAGGCAUCCAUCUGGAUCAUUCAAAGUGGUGGGACUUAGCAGCUGUUAUAAUGAUUUUGAUAGCUUAUAGAUUACUUUUCUUCAUCAUUCUCAAGUUCAAGGAGAGAGUCUCACCAUUGUUUCGAACUCUUUAUACAUGGCGAACAUUGCAGCACAUGAAAAAACGACCUUCUUUUAGGAAAACAUCAGCCUUCCCAUCCAAGAGGCACCAAGUUCUACAUUCACUGUCUUCUCAAGAGGGUCUAAACUCUCCAAUUCACUAGAAGCAACAAAUCAUGAGUACUAUAGUAAUGCUCUUACUGGAAUUUGAUUACAGAAACAAAGGGAAAGAGAUUAUAGUAGAAUUACAUAUGGAAUUACCUGUAUCAGCUUUAUUUUUCAAGUGCUUCUAAUAUCUGCGGACUGUUCUGGCAUUAAUGGCAAGAGAGCUUCCCAUCACCCAAGAAUGGUUUGUUUAUGGUCCUCCCUAGCAAUGGCAAUGAAGAGCAGAAACCUGAUUUCUGUUGUUGCAACCAGUGCUUUGAAGUAACCAGAUAUGAUAAACAGGUACAGAAAAUAUCCCAUUGUUCUUCGUAGAUAAUUUCAUCUGCCAAAUGUUUGUAGCAGAUGCCUCCUACAUUAUACAAUGUCAUAACAUCUAAUGAUACCAUUAUAUUUGUACGUAAUAUUAUAUUGUAGUUCUUUCUUCUUUUCCAGCGCUAAAAAAAUGUAGGUUUGAAAUCCCCGAGAUGGAUUAAAUCAGAUUCUGUUACAGUUAUA